AUGGCACAAGAUUGCGCCAACCCGCUGUUGGCUACAUGGCUGAAAGAGUGGAUGGACCAGGCCAAAGAACGAAAUACAAAGGGCUAUACAGUUUACAAAAAGGCGUAUCAGUCUAUAAUUGCGUGUCCUCUACGUUUCCAACAUCCCUCUGAAGCUCAACAACUCAGCGGCCUCGGGCCCAAGUUGUGUGACCGUCUUACCGAUAAUCUCAAGAAAUUCUGUGAAGAAAAUGGCCUUCCAAUGCCCUCCAAAGGGAGGAAGAGGAAGAGACCGUCUGAGGCGUUGACUUCAGAGCCCACAGAGCCAGAACAAAUCUCUCCUGUUCGGAAGCCGAGGAAGGCUCAAAAUUAUGUUCCAAAAUUGAGAUCUGGUGCAUAUGCACUAGUCAUGGCCCUCGCCACCUUAGACCAGGAAGCAAAUGAGGCCAUACCAAGGGAUCGGCUGAUUGAACUUGCGCAGCCCUUAUGUGAUGCUAGUUUCACGGCUCCCAGUGAUCCUACAAAAUUCUUCACUGCAUGGAAUUCAAUAAAAACAUUAGAGAGUAAGGAGCUGGUCUGUACGAAAGGCCAUCCUGUCAAGAAGUACUAUCUCUCAGAUGACGGGUGGGAAGUUGCGCUUCGUAUGCAAGCAGCACAGAACGGACAACCGCUUUCUCCUGCGGCCGAAAAGAAGAAGAAGAAUGCCGCAGUCCGUGAUCCAUCUCUAGUUAGAGAUUCAUCUCCGAAACUUAAUCUGAGGCGGCCACCUCUAGCUGUGCCAUCCUCGGCACAGGCUAGUCUUGUAAAGUCGAGGACCGCUUCUGAUGUGGUGGAUCUACUAUCCAGCUCUGAUUCGGAGCCUCCAAGGGAGAGGCCUGUACUGCACGAUGCAGUACUAGAUACUCAGCAUCUUCUUCGACGUCCAUCCCUCUCUUGGACUUUUGACGAUUUCAUAGUUCUACCGCCAGGAAGCUUUGAGGUCAAAAUGGUUCUAGACAUGCGUGAAGUUCGUACAACCACCGACCGCGAUUACAUCUCCGCUGAGCUGAAAAAGCUAGGCGUCGUCCCCAUCAUCCGCUCUCUACCUCUUGGUGAUAUUCUGUGGGUUGCAGUUGUAAGUUCCCAAUACUCUGACCAGCUUAAAGCCGCCAAUAUAGCCGAUGAUGAGGAGGGCAAUCUUGAAAUCGUGCUUGAGCAUAUCAUGGAACGAAAACGCCUUGAUGAUCUUAUCUACAGCAUCAAAGAUGGUAGAUUCCACGAGCAGAAAUUUCGGUUAUCCAAGUCUGGAAUCAAGUAUGUCACAUAUCUCAUUGAGGAAUACUCGCUGUCGGCUGAGAGAAGUGACAAAUAUGGAGAAGCCUUGGAAAGUGCCAUUGCCAGUAUGCAGGUUGUCAAUGGCUACUUCGUUAAGCAAACAGCCAAACUUGAUGACACAAUUCAAUACCUCUCACGAAUGACUAAGACGCUUAAAUCAAUGUACGAAAAGAAGGAUGUCUACGUCGUUCCAUGCCAGGCUCUUGAAGUAGAGGCUGUCUCGAUGAUGCUCGAGCGUGUCCGGACACUCGCUCCUGAAAGAAUCAUUGGGAUGACUUUCCCUGUAUUUGGCGCCAUGUGCGACAAAUCGGACAGCAUGACGUUACGAGAUGUGUUUUUGAAGAUGUUGAUGACCACACGGGGAGUGACGGGCGAGAAAGCUGUUGAAAUCCAAAAGAUCUGGCCGACUCCUCGUGCCUUCACGGAAGCAUAUUCUGGCCUAGAUCGUGGCCCUGCUCGAGACAAUAUGGUCAGUGACCGACUUGGCAAUGCGAUUCCGCGGAAGAAGAUUGCCAAAACACUCAGUGCGAAGAUUGCUGAGGUGUGGGGAUGA